AAUCGGGCAGGCGUGGGCAGCUUCUGGAAACUGGAUACUCUUGUUUGUAGAAAUGAGUGACAGCUCCUCUUUGAAGCUGGAUUUCCGCGCACUGUGACCUGUUUUUCCCCCUGCUUUUUUGUUGUAAAUGCCAGUUUUGAGGGAUGUUUCUUUUUUCUUUUAUUUUUUCCCUUUGGAGGACAAUAAAUUCGUCUAGAUGCAGUAAACUGGAAGAAAUGGAAGAAAGAAAAAUCAAGAGGAGGAGCCCCAAGUCAUCUACCAGUCACCCUGCUCAGGUUGCUGGCUCCAAGAAGAACUCGGUGCCGGUCAGUAAGAGCACAGCCUUUUCAAAUCCUGCACCACAGCCUGCAGUACAAAAACCAAAGUUAAAACGUGUAAUUAAAGAGAAAGCCAAACCUCCAGGAGGUGAAGCAAAAGGGGCACAGGCAGCACCGAUCCAGCAUUCUUUUCUCACAGAUGUAUCAGAUGUCCAAGAAAUGGAAAGGGGACUUCUGAGUCUCCUGAAUGACUUCCACUCUGGCAAACUUCAAGCAUUUGGAAAUGAAUGUUCCAUAGAGCAGAUGGAGCACGUGCGGAGCAUGCAGGAGAAACUUGCUCGCCUCAAUCUGGAGCUCUAUGGGGAGCUGGAAGAACUCCCUGAAGAUAAAAGGAAACUAGCCAGUGACUCCAACCUGGAUAGGCUGCUGUCAGAUCUAGAAGAACUGAAUUCAUCUAUCCAAAAGCUACAUUUAGCAGAUGCUCAAGAUAUUCCAAAUGGUGCCACGGGCUGAAAGAAUAGUUUUGUCAAUUAGGAUUCUCCCAGAAGCUUUUAUUUUGUUUUUCCUGACGGUGGAAUCUGGAACAGUUGGGAUUUU